AUGGAUUUGUUGCUGGCGUUCUCACUGCCAAUCACGUCCUCUGUACAGCGUGUCCCUGUAUCGAGUCUCAGGGCUUGUUGUGCUGAGCGAACAGGGCCGCGUUUCCGGGGGCUUUACCAAACCACCCGACACGUGGCCGUGCCUCGUGGUGAACGCCACGCCCCGGGUUUUUGCGGUGCACCAGCGCCAUGUGCUUCUUGUGGGCUAUCGAGUCUCAAGCUUUCGAGCGGUGCGCAGCGGUCAACGCGCGAAGACGCUGUGCUUCUUCGAGUUGCGAUGAUAGGCACAGGCUACGUGGGGUUGGUGUCAGGUGCGUGCUUCGCGGACGCCGCGCACUGCUGUGUCGUCUGCGUGGACUCGAACGCUCAGAAGAUCGACGCGCUCAAGCGGGGUGAAAUGCCGAUUUUCGAGCCAGGCCUCGCCGACCUGGUUCGAAGGAACGUUCAAGAAGGACGUCUGAGCUUCUCGACUGACCUCGCUGCAGCCGUUCGCGACGCGCAGAUCGUGUUCAUCGCUGUUGGAACGCCAUCUCGUCGAGGUGACGGUCACGCCGACCUCAGUUACGUAUUCCGUGCUGCAGAGGCGAUUGGGAAAAGCCUCCGAUCGCCAGGUUUUACCUUGAUUGUGAACAAGUCGACGGUGCCGGUGGGCACUGCACGACGCGUACGCGAACUCGUUCAGCGAAACUGCGCCCCUGGCGCGAGCUUUGAGGUUGUCAGCAACCCAGAAUUCCUACGUCAGGGUACAGCGGUUCAGGAUUUCAUGUACCCGGAACGUGUGGUCAUUGGCAUGUGGGAAAACCGGUUUCAACGGCAGCAUGAAUGCACUGCGUUUAGGUCAGCGCCGCUCCAUCUUCAUGAGCGUCGUUUCGUGGCGGAUACAGAGCCCGGGUUCGAUACACGCAAAAACGCGCAGACGCUCAUGACACAGCUGUAUACGCCCAUUGCGCGAAUCAGUGGAGCACCCGUUCUUUUCACGAAUGUGGAGGAAGCCGAAUUGGUCAAGUACGCUGCAAACGCUUUCCUGGCUAUGAAACUCGAGUUCGCGAAUGAAAUUGCGGACUUGUGUGAGGUUGCCGGUGCCGACAUCAGCGUGGUCACGCAUGCCAUUGGCCUCGAUGCUCGCAUCGGACCAGACUAUCUGCAGGCUGGGCCGGGCUUCGGUGGCUCAUGUUUGCCAAAGGACACACGAGCCUUAGCGCGGAUCGCACAGGAGUUGUGGCGUCCGUGUCGCCUCGUGGAGACAGUCAUCGAGGGCAACGAGGCGCGAAAACGGCGGAUUGCCCAGAGAAUUGCCCUCGCAGUCGUUGGUAACAGCGCUGACAUGAAUCACGUCUACGGGCGAUGUAUUGGGGUGCUCGGUCUGACAUUCAAGGCACACACGGACGAUACUCGUGACUCACCUGCAGUGUUUAUUGUGCGAGAGCUAGUGGAACUUGGGGCCAAGGUGCGAGCAUACGACCCCCAAGCGAAUCAUCGAGAAGUGCAUCAAAUACUGGGGGAAGAUGUCGAACUCGUCUGCAGUGCACAGGAAGCAGCCCGAGGCGCCGAUGUGCUCGCGGUCCUCACAGAGUGGCCCGAAAUUCGUCAAGCUUGCGACGCGCUCGGGCCAGAAGGACUAGGGAGCCUGAUGCGUCACCGUGUUAUCUUCGACGCACGAAACCUCUGGAGACCAGAGGACUGGCUCCAUAGCGGCUUUACCUACCAUUCCAUUGGGCGUCCCACUAUUUAUGCCGACACCGCUGCCUCGUUCGCAGACGCCUCCGUACAUACGACUCAACGGUUGCGCUGA